UGACAGGCGACCUCUCUUCACCUGCAGCCUUUCCCGGGCCUGCUUGUGGGGCUCCGCGCAUGCCCAGUGAAUGCACGUCCAGGUGCGGGUGUCUGCAGGUGGGAGCCCCCACCGCGGUGUUCCCGGCGUCCUCGGAAGAGGUGUCUGCGAAGGCGGGCCGCCGGGUCUCCUAGGGCUGGGCGGGACUCGGGCUACAUAUAAGAAAGGCGUGCCACCGUCCCAGCUGCAGUGGAGCUACCGCCACGGUUGCCAGCUCUGGGCUUGAGACCAGAUCCAGAGACGCUGAAGGAGAAGGCAAGGACCCUUUCUCCUCACCACGCCCGGCGCCAGCCUCCGAAGAUGCGGCUCCUCGAGAAACUCCGCGCCUCGGCCCCAGAGCCCGCGUUCUCCAACGUGCUUACCCCUGGCCGCAUCCCCGAGUUCUGCAUCCCGCCGCGGCUGUCCGUGCCCAGCCCGCCCGAGUCCCCGCCCUCGGCUGCCGCCGUGCCCCGCCACUGUGCCGCCGAGCCGGACCUGUGGCCCUGCGCAGCCGACGAGGGUGUCGGCCGCACCGACUGGGACCCGCGCUCGCAGGCCGCGCUCUCGCUGCCGCACCUGCCCCGCGCCCGCACCGCUUACGGCUUCUGCGCCCUGCUCGAGAGCCCGCACAUCCGCCGCAAGGAGUCGCUCUUCCUCGGGGGACACCGCGCCGCCGCGCGCCGCCCCCGGGCUCACACCUACGGAGCCGGCGGUGGAGGGGUCGCAGUAUCGGACUUCCCCAUCGGGCCCCUGCGCAGCCCGCGCGUCGCGGGCGCGGCGCUCGCCACCGAACCCGACGACCACCGCCCGCCCCAGAAGGCGCUCGCCCCGCGGCUCCGCGGCCGCUGCCUCCUGCGCGCCCCUGACGGGCUGCUGAGCCGCGCGCUGCGGGUCCGAGGGAGCCCCGGCCUGGACCGCGCCCGCUCCGUUUCCAGCGGGGACGAGGACGAGGAGCGCGGCGCCGACCCCGGGGCCCCGGCCCCCGCGUCCCCGUCGCCGCCCCCGGGCCCGCGGCCCGAGCGCCUGGAGGCCGAGGGCACCGUGGCUCUGGGACGCGCCGGCUGCGCGCUGCGCCUGGCCGCCGAGUACUGUCCGGGCAGCGGGCGCCUCCGCGUCCGGUUGCUCCGCGCCGAGGGCCCGGCCGGGGGCGGCCCCGAGCCCCGCGCCGUCUGCUGCCGCGUCAGCCUGGUCCUGCAGGCGCCGGGCUCCGCGCGCAAGCCGCGCCGCGCCGUGCUGGGCCGCAGCCGCAAGGGCGCCCUGGACCAGGACUUCUGCUUCGACGGCCUCACGGAGGAGCAGGUGCGCCGCCUGGCCGUGCGGGUCAAGGCCGAGAACAAGGGCCGCGGCCUGGAGCGGGGCCGCCGGCUGGGCCAGGGCGAGCUGCCGCUGGGCUCGCUGCUGCUGCUCUGAGGACGCUCUCUGCCCGCCGGAGGACUGGCGGACACGCGGACGCUGACAGCCACUGUGUACAAAAGAAACGUUAUUUAUUCGUUUUUCUACCUAAGAUGCUGCUUUAUUGGCGUUUUAGUUACUUGGUGUUCCCCUUUGCCAUCGUUAAUUGGUAGUGGAGGUGGAACUUUUUGUAUCCUUAGGUGGAAAGGAUUGGCUCUGGACCGGAAGCAGAGAAAUAAACCUGCCUGCUUUUUUAUAUCAGUCGUAAAUGGUUUUUACGGGGGAAAAAAGGCAAGUUAUUCGUUUGGAAUCACACCCAAUGCCAGGCUUCAUAUGCACAGCUUCCAUGCACUGACGUGGCACAGCUAACGCCCCCUUGGACUACACACCCACUACACAUAAGACUCCUUCCAUAUGAAGAUAUUUGGGUCGGGGAAGAAUAGCUUUCUUCUUGACAAAGGAUUUCUUUUGGAAGAGAAUGCCCCAUUAAAAUACUGCUAAGAAACAGCAAAACAAAAACCUGUGGAAUGUCUUCCAGCAGGUGAUGGCUUAGGGACCCUAGGGAGUUCCUGGUGUCUCCCUCAUUCUUCUCCAGGAGCCCUGGGGAGCCUGACCUGCCUUUCUUACCACGUUGGUGUUUCUGUGCCAUUUUUCUCCCCACAUUUCAAAGGCCUGGGAAUUCCAUCCGGGUCUCCCAUGUGGGUGGCAGGGACCCAGCCAUUGAGCCGUUACAUACUUACCCCCAGUGUGUGCAUUAGCAGGAGCUGGAAUCAGAAAUGGAAUCUGCAUCCUCUGCUAUGGAACACACACAGGCAUCCCACGUGGCAGCUUACCUGCUUUGCCAAAAGCCCAUCCCAUUUUUAUUUGUUGAUUUAACACAAGACCUGAGUCCACUGGAAACGGAUUAGGCCCAAGGAGUUUAUCCCUGGCUCUAGGAACCCACAAUUGUAAUGGAAAGCACAACAGAAUAAUAAACAGAUUGGAAGUCGAA